AUUAUAUGUACAUACGUCCAGCUACAUGUACCUACCUACCAUACCUACUAGUUACUGUGCAUAUGUAUAUACAUCUUGAUACAUAAUACAUGCGGUACUCUGAACUGAUAAGUUACUCUAAUACUAAUACCAAUACUAUCUAGGUAUCCUGUAUCCUGUAUCCUAGGUAUCCUCCUUACCACCAGACCCCCGUUCCCGCUUGUCAAUACCUCCCAUUCUACGUCUUCACUUGAACUCCACUCUCACAAACUCCUCUUUCUUCUGCCUUAUUUUCCAUUCAUUCUACGAGAAUCGAUCCAUUUUAUGAUCUUAAUGUGUUUUAUCUAAGGCCCGCUCAUGCCAACCCCAAACGACCCCUCUACCUUUACCUCUACCGCUUCUGCCACUUCUUCUACCUCUCUUGCCCUAAUAUCUUUUUUGCCUCUUCCGUCUCGCUUGCCUCUCUUGCAUUUACAUCUCUAGUCCGCCUAGUCCGCCGUAUACAUCUACCUAAGCUUCUCCUGUCUCAAUGGUACCUGUAGUUUGAUGGCUGCAAUCCCUCAAACCUCUAAAACAACAUCGCUACCUCCUCACGACCACGAGCCUCAAACAAAAGCAAAUACAGCUACGAAUACAAAUACAAAUACAACUACUCACCCAGCCGUGCCUACUAAAGCAGAGAACCCUUCUUCCUCUGCUGCUCAUAGAAAAUUUACACAUCCAGGACAUCCCAUCGGAUUUGCAACUGAUAAUCCGACUGCUUCUUCAGCCUCUAGCAAAUUCCGCCAACACCAGACAAGCGCCUCGGUAGGCUCUGUUUCCCUCGGUGCUAGAAAUCCUAAAUCAGGAGGCCUGUUUGCUUUUGCCGCUGCCGCAAUUGACAAGACCCUUGCCAAUAUAUCAGAGCCUAGUGUUCGCAGCCGCCCGUCCAUCUCUGGACUUAGUCGCUUGUCAGUUGUGCUAGACUCGCCUACAAACAGCGAAAUCUCGAGCUCCGACAGAUCUUUGAAACUUAGCAACGUUUCGACUAACUCGUCCACGCCCUCGUCACCGUUUCUUCGGAGUCCUGCUUUAGACUCUAAGAGGUCAUCGAGUCAGCUAUCCUCGAAGGAUCCCAUCUCGAGGCCCUAUUCCGAGACAGACCCAAACCGACCACCUCCCAUUCUGCUGUCGACUUCUUUAAACAAGAUGCAUCAAACUUCGUCGAGGUUGCUCCGCAUGACGGAUGAUGACCGCCCAUUCACCAGAGACUUCAAAGAUCUUUUCUCUACCCUAAUCGUCAGCUUGCUUCCGCUAUCUGCUCACCGAGUGCGGUUAACACGAAUCGAACACACAUUUUUGUCUGAAGAUGCGAUCAACAAUCUAGGCUCGCUCAAGUUUUCGCAGUCAAAUCGUAUGCCCGACCCGAAGGACCCGUCGCGCAUCGUAACGACUACUACGACAACGACCUUCUCCAUGGCGAAGGAUAUGGCUAGAUCCAUAUGUCAAAGGUUUCUCGACGCUAGGUUCAUCGAAUCAGCUGAUGGCAAAUUACAACAGGUAUAUACUAUGAAGGGCUCCGUGUGGCAAUUAACGCCAAAGGGAGUUUGCGUCCUGGAUCGAUUUUGCUCGAGAAAUGGCAUUCAACAAAGGCAGAUCAGUGAUCUGAUACAACUUGGAAUGAGCUACUUGUGCAUUCUGGAAAGAGACAACCAAACCGAUAAGUUGGUGAUGGAUAGGGGAACAAUGGAAGUCAUUUUUAGGAGAAUGAUUGGUUCAAAUGGUCUAAACAUCAAAUCAAGCGUCAGUGCGGCCGAUUCGGACACGUUGAGCGAUUACCGGGAUGGCCUUACUGGUGUGAAGAUGGCUGGAGAACGCAAGAUCAACGGAAGAACUUACAAGGACACAUUCACUGGCAAAUCAUGUUCCGACUGGUUGAUGGACUGCUGUACCACAGUGGAUCGUCGGGAAACGUAUGAGAUGAGCACACUUUUCGUGCAAUAUGAACUCAUGGAGGCAGUUCAGCAGGACCGAGUUUACAUCGCCACGUCACCCACAUCCGUCUCAUUCCAGCCCACGAAAAAUGCUAUUUACCAACUGACUGCCAAAGGAAAAGACAUAAUCAGUGGUGGAGGAGGAAGAGGGCGUACGUCUGAGAGCGAAGGAGUAGUGGCAUCACGCCCAGGGAUUGCCAGGGACUCUAACACGCAACGUCUUGAUAAGAUCUUGAAUGAUGCUGCUUUACGACUACUAUUUCGGGAGAACUUGCGGGAAACUCACUGCGAAGAGAAUCUAUCAUUUUACCUAGACGUGGAUGACUUCGUACGGGGCUGCCGCCAUGCGAUUAAGACGGCUCAGAAGAGCCCUACCGCAACUUCGAUGGACGGGAUUAAGGAGAUCAUGGCACAAGCAUACGGCAUUUAUAAUGCGUUUUUAGCACCGGGCUCACCUUGCGAACUCAACAUUGACCAUCAACUGCGAAACAAUCUUGCUACUCGCAUGACGAAGGCAGUUGGUCAGGAUGUUGCCAUGAUCGAUACUCUACACGAGGUCACGGCUCUCUUCGAAGAUGCUCAAAACGCAGUUUUCAAACUGAUGGCUAGUGACUCUGUUCCAAAAUUCUUGCGCAACACCAAAUAUGAACAUACGCUGAAAAACUACGAUUUUGAUGCGAUUGUUGUCGGAGGCCGCGCUCCCGAUCGAAGCCAAAAUCGAAACAACGUCAAGUGAGAAAGAGAACGAUGACGACUCGAGAAACUCUCAACUCUUGUUGUUUUUUUUUUUUUUUGAUAAGAUGUCGACGGGCAUCUGCUUGAACUC